AUGGCAUCGAAUCCAGGCCCUUCGUCCGCGGCUGCUGCAGCACCCGACAACUCGUCGCGUCCAGGGCUGGAAGCUUCAUCUGCGCCACCAAAGAAGAAGAAGACUCACCGUGGCGGAAAGAAGAGGCGCAACCGGCGUCAGUCCUUUGCUGCGGGAGCCGACCUGGCACAAGGCGACUCAAUGGAUGAACGUCCAAGCUUGGCCAAUGUCGCCAGCCAUGGCCAGUCGCGAGGAAGCAACGGCUUUUACCGCACCCACAGCAACCUCAGCAACACGAGCCUCGAGAGCGAAGCGCUCUUGGAUCACAGAGAACAACCGACUAUCCGAACGCGCAGACCGAGCGUACCUGUAACGUCCAUGUACCAGCCGAGGGCAAGUCAGUCCAAUGCCAACGUACCCCAACGCCUCCAAGCAUCCAACUCAUAUGGCCGCUCCCGGCUGUCGCAUACCCCUGAAGAGAUCCAAGACAGUGAUGCCGACGAAGAUGCGAACGACAGAACGCCCCUGAUGGCCUCUUCUCAGCGCGACAUCAGGACAGGCACUAGCUAUGGCUCCAACAGCGGCAAACCCCGAAGAGGAAGCAAGACGUCCAUGAAGAGCCCAAAGCAUAUGCCCAUGCCCGAACACAGGCCUGACUUGUUCACGCAACACCACCACUCUGCGACCAACCUCGACGAGUACGAUGUCAACAACCCCCCGUCUGUUCCCACCAGCCCUGCCUUCGAGGCCACUAGUGGCCUAGACGAUGUCAUGCUCCCGACAGAUUUAGACCACAUGUCUGACCCGGGAAGAGCCAACAGUCCGUCUCGGGAUGCGCUCAUCGAUAUCGAUGAGGAUGGCCACUCGGGUUCGCCUCCUGGUCCCGGCGACUUCAGACGCCGUAUGACGACUUCUGGGCUUGAAGACGUCUGCUUCCCACACGAGGCUAUGUCUGAGAUGGGACACGAAGAUUACAUGAAUGCUCCUACAACUGGCGAGCCAACGAGUCGCCGAAGACGCCGCCGCUGGCCCAAUCUCGAUGUUCUACAAGCUUGGGCACAUGAGGAGAAGGAGCAGCGGACUAUUGAGGGCAUGCGUAUGCGCAAGGUUAGUGAGCCGCUCAUGGUAGAAGGACGUCUCCGACCAAGGCGACGCGUCUGGCAUCGCGAGGACAGCGACGCUCCUUACCGCUUCACCUACUUCAACGAGACUUUCGACAACACAAUUCACUCUCAAAGCAUUAGCGAACUUUUGCAACCUGGACAGAGUUUCAGGAACCUCUUCGUCCCUGACCCGCCAAUUUUGGACGAUGAUAGUGAUUCUUCAGACACAGAGGACGACAUGCUGCACGCAGGCCCCAACGGCUACGCCUCUCGAACAACAACGCGUUCAACCUCGAAAGCAGAGGGCAAGCAUUCCUCUGGUGAGCAAACGCGCUCGACUACACCCCGACCCACAGACGCCCCCAAGAAUGAUCAGCCUGAAGCCGAGAAGCCGAAGCGCUAUGGCCCACGGCCUGCCUGGUGGUUGGAUGUCAUGUCCCCCACGGAGACUGAGAUGAAGGUCAUUUCUAAGACGUUUGGCAUCCAUCCAUUGACAUCAGAAGACAUUCUGAUGCAAGAGCAACGUGAGAAGGUCGAGCUUUUCAAGCACUACUACUUCAUCAACUACCGUACCUUUGAGCAAGACGAGAACAGUGAAGACUACCUAGAGCCUGUCAACCUGUAUGUUGUUGUGUUCAGAGAAGGUGUAAUAAGCUUCCACUUCUCUAUGACACCGCAUCCUGCGAACGUCCGUCGCCGUAUUCGUCAACUCUCAGAUUACCUCGUUCUAUCUCCCGACUGGAUCUCGUAUGCCAUUAUCGAUGAUGUCACCGAUGCUUAUGCGCCUAUGAUACAGAAGAUCGAAGAAGAGGUUGAUGAUAUUGACGAGGCUAUACUACGACUUCAUUCGAGCGAAGAGGAACAGGAAGCUGAGAAAGAAAAGUCAUACAGCUACAACAAUCCGCACUACGACGAGCCUCCCGAGGUGAAGUCGCAGCAGGAAAGUGGUCGAGAUAUGUUGCGACGCGUUGGAGAAUGUAGAAAGAAGGUUAUGAGCCUCUACCGCUUGUUGGGUAACAAGGCCGAUGUCAUCAAGGGUUUCGCGAAGCGCUGCAACGAGCAGUGGGACAUUGCACCUCGCAAUGAGAUCGGCAUGUACCUUGGAGAUAUCCAAGAUCACAUUGUAACCAUGACGGGCAAUCUAGGGCACUACGAGAACCUCCUCUCUCGUGCUCACAGCAACUAUCUCGCUCAGAUCAACAUCAGGAUGAACGAACGUCAAGAAAAGACAUCUGACAUCCUGGGUAAGCUUACAGUGCUCGGAACGAUUGUCCUGCCAAUGAAUGUUGUGACGGGUAUCUGGGGUAUGAACUGUCUCGUUCCCGGUCAAGACAUCGAGAAUCUCAACUGGUUUUGGGCCAUUACUGGAGGCCUCAUUACCUUCGGUCUCCUCUGCUACUUUAUCGCAAAGAGAGUGUAUGGUAUUGUUUGA